GCUGGGAUUACAGACAUGUGCCAUCAUGCUUGGAUCACAUGACUCUUGGAUGCACCUCAAAUCAUUGUAACAUUGGCUUCCACAGUAUUGUUUCUGAGAACAUAGACGGAGCAAAAUAAUGCUGACAUUUUUGCAUUGAUUAGACCACAUUUGGCCAAAUAUUAAUGGCCAUGGCCUGGAAUACAAAUUUAGAUGAAACUGCCAGUAACAGUUUCAUGAAGUAACAGGACAAAGGAAGCCAUAAUUAAGAAACAUACAUUAGUGUGACCAUCAGGAUUUCAUUCUUCCUUAUGGAUGAAUAAUACUUCCUUCAGUGAAAUUAAUCUACUGAAGGCACAGAGCCAAGUACAAAACAAGACUCUAGUAGAGAUCACCUCAGAGGAGUGGCACCAGUCAUUAGUACUUUUCCUUGCAAGGGGAAUUUUCUUGAAAGGUGUGAUGGAGCCUUCAGAUUCCUGUUUACCUAGAUUCUUCAUGGCCUCCCUUCUCUUACAGAUCACAGUACUCACCCAAGCUAUGAACUCGGAUAUACAGAUUAAUAUUCUGGUUCCAGAUACAGAAGGGGUACUGGUGGAGUGUACUUCAGGAAGAUUGAUCCCACCUGCUGAGAUGACAUGGAGAGACAGCAAGGGGAAUGUAAUUCCACAUUCAACCACAUUUGACUCUCAGGAUAAAGCUGGGUUAUUAUAUUUGAAGAGCAGCAUUCUUUUGAAAAACAGAGCCCAAGGUCCUAUUAGUUGCUCCAUUUACAAUGGAACUACUAAUCAGGAGAAAAAGAGAAGUAUUGUCCUACCAGAUGUCCUAUUCAAACCGGAAUAUAUGUCAUUGAUGUCAAGCAAAUUUUCAUGUCCUUUAAUAUAUUUAAUCAUUAUACUUUUUCUUAAUUGUCUCAGAGGAAUUUUUGUUUUCUAUUGUCUCAAAGGAAAACCUGUUCAUUUCAGAGAACUAAUGAAUGAAGUCAGGGAAGUUUUGAAUUGUAAAAUGGGACCUUGCUGUAUGCUUAUCUGGGAGUUUCUACUGUUAGUUUUGUAUACUGUCUUCCUCCCUCUCUACUUGAAUUUCAGGAGCAGAGCUUCUAUUUUGGAUGAUGCAUACCCAUUGUAUAGUAAUUGGCUGUCGGACAUAUGCAUAAUCUUGUCUAUAAUGAUGAUAUUUUUCACUGUGCUCAUUUUGUUUCUACUUUGGACUCUAAACCGUUAUAGUCAGAUGUCAUACUUACUCUCCACGAGUAUGGAUCUUUCCAGACAUGACUCUGAGCAAAAUAGUUCUAAAUCUUCUGAGUUCCAUGAAAAUUAUGAUAUGAUCUGCAAAAUGCUCCUAGGGACUCGUGAAGAGAUGAUACUUAGUCAACACCAAGAAAGUUGUGAGGAGGACAGCUUCAACCCUCUUCAGCCCUUAAGACUGGAUUGCAGUCUCAACUGACAAACUCGAGGCAGUAAAGAAAGUCAGAAAAUGAUGACUUGAACUAUAAAUUUAUAUCUAUAAAAAACAAUCAGGGGGGUCUUCUAAAUUUGUUAUGCUUCAAAAGUAUAAAUUUUUAAAAAUUGAUUUUAAUAUGAUAGGAUUACAUUGUAUUCCCUCUUCUAGCUCCUUCCAGGUAGCCUCCUUUCAGUGUUUUCCAUGCACUCCUGCUCAAACUGAUACUCUAUUGACAAUUAUUGUUAAACAUGCACAUAUGUAUAUGCAUGCAAAAUAUAUAAAUACAACCUAUUGUACUGUUUAUGUUAUUUGUGUCUAUACAAUUUCAGGACAAAAAUUAUGGAUUUUGAUGCCAAGAAGUAUCCAUAUGGCCUGUAAUGGAUACCUUCCUCCACGUCUUAAAUUCAGUAAGGAUUUAAUCAAUGUGAAUUUGUUAAAAAUGAUUUCUUGACAAAUUUUUCAAGUGUGAAGAUUUUUUUUUAAAGAAAGAAUGAUUGAGAUCAAUAAAAGUA